CUGUAGAUCACCAGUAUGGGGUAAACAAUUCUGGAGUCAUCUGUUCAGGAGCCAGGCUGGUUUUAGGUUCUCGCUGCUCUGAGAGAGUGGAGGUUCUUCAUGGAGAGAGCUGGGUCACAGUGUGUGAUGCUGACUUUGACCAGCAGGGUGCAGAGGUUGUGUGUCGAGAGCUCGGCUGUGGUUCUCCUGUGAAGGUUCUGGGAGCAGCUGCGUUUGGUAGAGGGGAGGGUCAGGUGUGGUCAGAGGUGCUUCAGUGUAGAGGAAACAAAUCUCAGACUCACUUCUGUCCAAAAUCAUCUUCACUCAAACACAACUGCUCCCAUGAUAAUGAUGUGGGACUGGUGUGUGCAGGAGUCCUGCUGGUUAAUGGCUCUCGCUACUCUGGAAGAGUGGAGGUUCUUCAUGGAGAGAGCUGGGUCACAGUGUGUGAUGCUGACUUUAACCAGCAGGAUGCAGAGGUUGUGUGUCGAGAGCUGGGCUGUGGUUCUCCUGUGGAGGUUCUGGGAGCAGCUGCUUUUGGUAAAGGGAAGGGUCAGGUGUGGUCAGAGGAGCUUCAGUGUAGAGGAGAUGAAUCUGAGAUUACUCUCUGUCCAAUAACCUCUUCACACAAAUACAACUGCUCUCAUGGUAAUGAUGUGGGACUUGUAUGUUCUGGUCAUACUCAGGCUCGGCUGAUGAACGGCUCAGACUCUUGUUCUGGUCGAGUGGAGCUCCAGUACCUCAGUGAGUGGGGUACAGUGUGUGAUGUAAGCUGGGAUAUGAGAGCUUCCAGUGUCCUCUGUGCUCAGCUGAAGUGUGGGAGUGCUGUGGCUGUGUUGGGGUCAGACUGGUUUGGGGAGGGGAGUGGCCGGAUCUGGGCGGAUGUGUUUGAUUGUCAGGGGAACGAAACACACCUGUUAAAGUGUCCCAUUUCAUCAUGGAGUCGAACUGCAUGCUCUCAUAAACAGGAUGUUGGACUCAUCUGCAGUGGUUCUUCUCUGGCGUCUCAUGAGGGUGUAGUGAGAUUGACUGGAGGGAUGGAGUGUGAGGGGGAGGUAGAGGUUUUCUUCAGGCAGGACUGGAGGAGAGUUCUGCUGGACUCCUGGAGUGAGUCUGAGGCCUCUGUGGUCUGCAGACAGCUGGGCUGUGGUUCUGUACUCAACACCUCCAGCUCCUCUUCAUCCAGUCCUGAACACAGCUACAUGUGUGUGACGGGGUUCAACUGCUCUGGGAGUGAAGCUCAUCUGAGGAACUGCAGCAGCUCACAAGCAGUUAACUGCAGCUCCACAGUACAGCUCUACAUCACCUGCUCUGGCUACAGCUUCAUCAGGCUGGUUGGUUCUGGGGGAGACUGUGCUGGAAGGCUGGAGGUUUUCCACAGUGGAUCAUGGGGGACAGUGAGUGAUGAAUUGUGGGAUAUUGAGGAUGCGCAGGUGGUCUGCAGACAGCUGCAGUGUGGAGUCGCCCUCAGUGCUCCAGUACCGGUACCAGCCCGGUUUGGAUCUGGAUCUGGACCCAUAUGGCUGAAUGAGGUGGAGUGUGAGGGGAACGAGGCGUCUCUGUGGAACUGCAGAUAUCAGCUGUGUGGAGAGGAUGAAUGUGGACACAAGGAUGAUGUAGGAGUCGUCUGCUCAGAGUAUAAAGAGAUCAGACUGACUGAGGGCUGUGAGGGGAAUCUGGAGGUGUUCUAUAAUGGACCCUGGGGGAAUGUGUGUAACAAUGGGAUGGAUGUAGAAACAAUGGGUCUCAUCUGUCGGGAGCUGAACUGUGGAAGAUUUAAGACUGAGAGAGCUACCAAAGCACGAGUGGAAUCAGCUCCUAACUGGCUGGAUGAUGUAAAAUGUAGGAAACAUGACUCUACUCUGUUUCACUGUCCAUCUUCAUCCUGGAGUCAGAACAAUUGUGAUAGAAGCAGUGAGGUGACUCACAUUACCUGCUCCGGAGAGAAGAAACAGCUUGCAUUUGAAAACCUUCAAAAAUUCUUCUUAUUUCCAAACCAGGGUCAGUGCUCAAAUUACAUGCCUAUUAGGUUGAGAGGAGGAGAGGAAAUCUGUUCUGGGAGGUUGGAGGUGUAUCAUAAUGCUGAGUGGGGGUCUAUAUGUGCUGAUCUGUGGGACAUCAGGGAUGCUCAGGUGGUCUGCAGGCAGCUGGGUUGUGGGCCGGCGCUGAGUGCUAAUAGAAGAGCUGUUGAUGGUUCUGGUGGAGGAACUAUCUGGAUGAACAGAGUGAAGUGUAGAGGGGAUGAGAUUCACCUGUGGGACUGUCCUCAUUCCCUGAAGAUCCACACUGGCUGCUCCCACAGUGCUGGAGUCACCUGUGCAGACAUAUUUGUCACAUUACCUUUUUCAUCUGACACAACUACAACUUACACCACAGUACCAGCACAGCUAACAGAGAAAAAGACAGUCCCUCCUUCAAAAAAUCCAUCAUCUAAUUUUCCAUACAUCUAUCCAGUGUCUCUCCUGGUUCUGGGAUCUGUGCUCUUCCUGGCCUUAGUGCUUCUGGUUGUGCUGUUUUAUCAGAACAGAGUGCUCAGGAGAGUGAUUUCUAAGGCGAGGAGGAAGACUCUGCUUGAGGCAGUCUAUGAAGAGAUUAACCAUAAAUGUGUCACUAACAGAUAUACUAAAAGAGGAAGUUUUAUCUCUGAAGAUCAGCAUUCAGGAUAUGAGGACGUAGAUGAGGAGCUUCUCUCAGAAAACUAUGGCGAGGUCUAUGAUGAUAUCAUACCUGCUGAAGAGAGCCCACACAUUACAACAGGUUCUCCUGUGGAGGUUCUGGGAGCAGCUGCUUUUGGUAGAGGGGAGGGUCAGGUGUGGUCAGAGGAGCUUCAGUGUAGAGGCAGCGAAUCACAGAUUCACUUCUGUCCAAAAUCAUCUUCACUCAAACACAACUGCUCCCAUGAUAAUGAUGUGGGACUGGUGUGUUCUGACAGUGUGAGGUUGGUGGAUGGUGGCCAUCGCUGUGCUGGGAGAGUGGAGGUUUUUUAUAACAGAACAUGGAGAUCAGUGUGUGGUAAAAACUGGGAUAUAAGAUAUGCUGCAGUGGUGUGUAGAGAGCUGGGCUGUGGGGAGGCUGUAUUUAAAAAUGUUCAGUUUGGACCAAGAUCAGCCUGGAUGGAUGAUGUGAACUGUAGUGGAUCAGAGUCUUCAGUGAAGCACUGUAGAUCAGCUGGAUGGGUGGAACAAAUUUGUAAUCGACUUGCUGGAGUCAUCUGUUCAGGGGUCAGAUUGGUGGGCAGAUCUCGCUGCUCUGGGAGAGUGGAGGUUCUUCAUGGAGAGAGCUGGGUCACAGUGUGUGAUGCUGACUUUAACCAGCAGGAUGCAGAGGUUGUUUGUCGAGAGCUGGGCUGUGGUUCUCCUGUGGAGGUUCUGGGAGCAGCUGCGUUUGGUAGAGGGGAGGGUCAGGUGUGGUCAGAGGAGCUUCAGUGUAGAGGAAACGAAUCUCAGAUUCACUUCUGUCCAAAAUCAUCUUCACUCAAACACAACUGCUCCCAUGAUGAUGAUGUGGGACUGGUGUGUUCUGGUCACACUCAGGCUCGGCUGAUGAACGGCUCAGAUUCCUGUUCUGGUCGAGUGGAGCUCCAGUACCUCAGUUCUUCUCUGGCGUCUCAUGAGGGAGGAGUGCGGUUGUCUGGAGGGAUGGAGUGUGAGGGGGAGGUGGAGGUGUUCUUCAGGCAGGACUGGAGGAGAGUUCUGCUGGACUCCUGGAGUGAGUUUGAGGCCUCUGUGGUCUGCAGACAGCUGGGCUGUGGUUCUGUACUCAACAUCUCCAGCUCCUCUUCAUCCAGUCCUGAACACAGCUACAUGUGUGUGACGGGUUUCAACUGCUCUGGGAGUGAAGCUCAUCUGAGGAACUGCAGCAGCUCACAAGCAGUUAACUGCAGCUCCACAGUACAGCUCUACAUCACCUGCUCUGGUACAUCUAACACAGUCCACAGCUCCAUCAGGCUGGUUGGUUCUGGGGGAGACUGUGCAGGAAGGCUGGAGGUUUUCCACAGUGGAUCAUGGGGGACAGUGAGUGAUGAAUUGUGGGAUAUUGAGGAUGCGCAGGUGGUCUGCAGACAGCUGCAGUGUGGAGUCGCCCUCAGUGCUCCAGUACCGGUACCAGCCCGGUUUGGAUCUGGAACUGGACCCAUUUGGCUGAAUGAGGUGGAGUGUGAGGGGAACGAGGUGUCUCUGUGGAACUGCAGAUAUCAGCUGUGUGGAGAGGAUGAAUGUGGACACAAGGAUGAUGUAGGAGUCGUGUGCUCAGAGUAUAAAGAGAUCAGACUGACUGAGGGCUGUGAGGGGAAUCUGGAGGUGUUCUAUAAUGGAACCUGGGGGAAUGUGUGUGUAAAUGGGAUGACUGAUGAAACGGCAAAAUUGAUCUGUCGAGAGCUGAACUGUGGAAGAACUGGCAGUGAGUCUUGGUCUAAAGCAAGAGUGGAAUCAGCUCCUAACUGGCUGGAUAAUGUAAAAUGUAGGAAACAUGACUCCACUCUGUGGCACUGUCCAUCUUCUUUCUGGGGGGAGAACAGGUGUGAUAAUCGCAAUGAGGUUGCUUGCAUUACCUACUCAGAGAAUGGAAAUACACUAGAUUUGACAAAUUGGCUGUGUGAUUCAUCUCCUCAUGAGAGACCGUGCUCAAAGCACAUUCCUCUGAGGCUGAGGGGAGGAGUAGGAAGCUGUUCUGGAUGGCUGCAGGUGUAUCAUAAUAAAACAUGGGGGUCUGUAUGUGGUGACCUCUGGGACAUCAGGGAUGCUCAGGUGAUCUGCAGGCAGCUGGGUUGUGGGCCGGCGCUGAGUGCUAAUAGAAGAGCUGCUGAUGGUUCUGGUGGAGGAACUAUCUGGAUGAACAGAGUGAAGUGUAGAGGGAAUGAGAUUCACCUGUGGGACUGUCCUCAUUCCCUGAAGAACCACACUGGCUGCUCCCACAGUGCUGGAGUCACUUGUGGAGGCUUCCUGUAUCAUACUUUGCCUUUAAAUAAUAAAAGAGGACAGAUGGGACAUUUUGUCUUGCAAGAUUCUCAACCACAGACAAGAAGAAUCAUACUUCCACAAACUCCUCCACCAGCUGUUCCCUCCAUCUAUCCAGUGUCUCUCCUGGUUCUGGGAUAUGUGCUCUUCCUGGCCUUAGUGCUUCUGGUUGUGCUGUUUUAUCAGAACAGAGUGCUCAGGAGAGUGAUCUCUAAGAGGAGGAAGACUUCAGCUGAGCCUGUCUAUGAGGAGAUUGACACCAGGCUCAUCCCUAAAAGAAUUACUGUCUCAACUGAAACCUCCUUCUGCUGAUCUUCCUCUUUCGGGUGGGGAUGGAGACGGUGGAGUGGCAAGUGCUGCUGCUUGAGCUCCAGGACACUGAAGAUGCUGGGUCUUCGGGGACUGGGCCUGAAUUUACAGAAGAGAAAGAUCUGUAGAUUUACUUUCACAUAGUUACUGUAUUCCUGUAAUAGUUUAUCCAGAUAAGAAGAUCUACAGUUCUCCAUAUUUCAUACAUUUGUCUCAUUAACAUACACUGCUUUUAGCUUGUAUGGGAUCCUGGGCAAACCCCUGAUUCAGCACUUCUCUCAUACCAUUUUAUACACUGCCUGUAUUUGUAAUUAAUGUACUAAACUAGAAAUGUCAAAAAAGUAACCAAAUAAAUAACUUUACUGCAGGAUA